CCUCGUUUGAGAUCAGGUCGUUGCUAGUUUCUUUAUACAAAAAUCUUAUCGCAAGCAUAAUUAAUUUUCUCUGGAAAAUGAAAUUGUUUAUCUUAAUUUUGAGCUGCCUUCUGGCCGUUCAGGCCAGUUCUGUGGAGGAGGUUUUCGCCUCUAACGAAGUAGUGCCCGACGUUAUUCCUGAAGCACCUUCCCAGCUACUUAAAGUAACUUACAAAAAUGGACUUGUGGCCAAGGAUGGAGUGGAACUCACACCCACCCAAGUAAAGGAUCAGCCUAAUGUGGAGUGGGACGCACAGCCUGGAGAUUACUAUACUCUUAUCAUGACCGAUCCCGAUGCUCCUAGCCGUGCGGAGCCGAAGUUCCGUGAAUUCAAACAUUGGAUUUUGGUCAACAUCGCUGGCAACGACUUGGCCACUGGAGAGGCGAUUGCUGGCUAUGUGGGCUCCGGACCUCCAAAGGGAACUGGACUCCAUCGCUACGUUUUCCUGUUGUACAAGCAGUCUGGAAAGCUUGAGUUUGAAGAAGAGCGUGUUAGCAACAAGUCGAGAAAGGACCGUCCAAAAUUCAGCGCAGCCAAGUUUGCUGAAAAGCAUCAGCUAGGUAAACCCAUUGCCGGUACUUUCUAUCAAGCUCAAUACGACGACUAUGUGCCCAUACUCCACCAACAACUGGCAUCUGAGUAAGAUGUUAAGAAAUCCAAAAUUAAAUGUGAAUCAUGUUAAUGUUUUAAGGAAAACAUCCAACUUUGAUUUCAACGCAAAUACACUUCUGUAAGCAAGUUAUUCUUUUAUCAUAAAGAUAGAGCUGAUUAUUAUUGAAACAAGUUAUAAAAAGGCUCUAAA